AAAAAAGGAAAAGAAAAUAGAGGCCGUACUCUUAAAACGACUUGGUUUGUUGUUGCACUUCGCAAAGACCCAAUUUUUUUGAUCAUCAGUGAUUUCGGACUUCUUCUUCCCUGAUUUAUUCCUUGGUUUUUGAAAAAUAAAUAAAGAUACAUUCACUGAAUCACAGUUGAACAAGAAGAAACCACUUCUUUCAUACCAGUACAAGAAAAGCAAUGCCCUAGAAUUUGAGGAGGAAGAAGAAAAAUGGCUUACUCUGGAUUUGGGAAGCAAUCAGGGCCGGCAAUCGGAGGGGGAGGGCCUAAGUCUCCGCCACUCUUUGGCAAUGUGGUUCGGCCUCCUUCUCCUUCCCCACCAAUUUUCAACCCUGUUCCUAUGCGAUCUCCCAGGCCAGUAGAGUCUCGUGGUCCUCCUCCCAUUUGGGGUGAUGGGCAAAGACCAUUUUAUCAGAAAAAUGAUGCCCAGUUUAACCAAAGACCUUUGGUCACUUCCAUUGUUGCUUCCGAUAAUUCUGAUACUAGCGUUAGUUUCAAGGUUUCUCGAUCUCAAGACUCUAGAAGAACCAAUUCACCUGCUAUGGCCAGAAGGAACACUGUUUCCAGUGAAGGCUUUCGUCCUUCUUUUGCUGGACCUGGACCAGUACGUAGUCACUUCAUUCCUCCCAGAGCUAAUUCGACAGAGUUGGUUUCGAGAAGCAGUCUUCAGGUUUUUCGCCCUUCUUACGCCCAAGCUACAGCCCCUGUACGGCCUGCUCCAUUUUCCCAUUCAUUUGAUGGCCAGCCCAAGUCACCAGUCAAUUUUCAGGCUGUACAACCUCAGUCUUCACUGUCACCUUAUACGAGCUCGUAUGGUUCUGAAAGACGCCGAUUUGAUGAUGUUCAAGUAACAAAUGGAAUAAGAUACCCUUCUCCACCGCUUGCCAAUGAAGUUCUUCCUGAAAAUUCUCAUUUUCCACAAAAUAAUUCAAAAAGGCCUUCUUCAUCUCCUCCUGCAUAUGGUGCUAUUUCAAAUGUUGACUAUAGUACUUAUGAUUCACAAGCUCCUCGGAAGUUAUUGGCACGUGCAAACAAUACUCAUUCUGCUACUGCUGCUGGAACCAAUCCCACCAACUUGCCGGUUAUGAAAAGAUCAAGAUCUCCUACUUUACAUUCCAGUGAUGAAGCCACGGAGGGAAGCAUGUAUGCUAGUGAAGAUGCUGAUCGAGAAAUGCAAGCCAAGGCAAAGAGAUUGGCCCGUUUCAAGGUUGAGUUGGGUGAUAAAAUGCAAAGCAGUAAUGAUACUGGAGAGAAAAAGGUUUCAACCAAUCAACAUGAACUAUCUUUUGUUGGAAGGAACAAUUUAUCUCCAGAACAUUCUACAGAAUUGGCUGAAGAUGUUGCCGGUGGCAGUACUUUACCUGAGAAUGAAAAUUCUGGACAUUCUAGUGUUAUUGUUGGCUUAUGUACUGAUAUGUGUCCAGAGUCUGAAAGGGCAGAAAGAGAGAGGAAAGGGGAUCUUGACCGGUUUGAACGCGUGGAUGGGGAUAGAAAUCAAACCAGCAAGUAUCUUGCUGUUAAAAAGUAUAACAGGACAGCUGAGAGGGAAGCAAAUUUGAUAAGACCAAUGCAUGUCCUGCAGGACACAAUUGAGUAUUUGUUAAAUUUGCUUGAUCAGCCUUACAAUGAUAGGUUUCUUGGCAUGUAUAAUUUCUUGUGGGAUAGGAUGCGAGCAAUUAGAAUGGAUUUGAGAAUGCAGCACAUUUUUAAUCAAGGUGCUAUUUCUAUGCUGGAGCAAAUGAUAAGACUUCACGUAAUUGCCAUGCAUGAAUUAUGCGAGUACUCAAAGGGAGAAGGCUUCUCUGAGGGUUUCGAUGCACACCUCAACAUCGAACAGAUGAAUAAAACAUCAGUUGAAUUGUUUCAAAUGUAUGAUGAUCACAGAAAGAAAGGAAUAUCUAUUCCCACAGAAAAAGAAUUUCGAGGUUAUUAUGCACUUCUCAAGCUAGACAAGCACCCUGGGUACAUAGUUGAACCAGCAGAGCUCUCACUUGAUCUUGCAAAGAUGACUCCGGAGAUUAGACAAACAAAAGAGGUGCUGUUUGCACGUGAUGUGGCAAGGGCCUGUAGAACAGGAAAUUUUAUUGCCUUUUUUCGGUUGGCCAGGAAAGCUAGUUACCUUCAAGCAUGCCUAAUGCACGCUCACUUUGCAAAGUUAAGGGCACAAGCACUUGCUUCUCUACAUGCUGGUCUCCAGAAUAAUCAAGGUUUACCUGUAAUGCAUGUUGCUAAGUGGCUAGCAAUGGAGGAAGAGGACAUGGACAGCCUUUUAGAAUACCAUGGCUUCCUUAUAAAGGUUUUUGAUGAGCCAUAUAUGGUGAAGGAAGGACCAUUUCUCAAUGGUGAUAAGGACUAUCCUACCAGAUGCUCUAAACUUGUUGAUAUGAAAAAAUCAGAUCUGAUAAUGGAGGAUGUGUUGCCUUCUAUUGAAGUCGUAUCUCCUACUAAAGCACCAAAAGUACAGGUAGCUGAGCCAACCAAGAGUAAACUAAAUGUUUCUAGGAUUGGUGAAAGGGAAAGACCUGUUCAUGAUAUUCCAUCAGCUGCAGUACAUAGUCCUAAGCAUGCAGUUGAUGAAGAAAUGUGUGAUUUUGAACUUGUUUCACCCCAUAAAAAACACAAACAAACAAAAUUAAGGACUGAAAUACCCGUAGUUAGUGUGCAACGUGAAGAUGAGUCUAAGGUGGUUGGUUUCAAUCCUCCUUUAUGGGGUUUCUCCAUGCCUAAACCCCUGCCUAGCAAAGUCAGUAAUGAGAGUAAAUCAAAUUAUGAGGCUUCUCUAAAUAUUCCCGCACAGAGAAAUUUGUUUCAAAUAGAAGAACCACUAGGAGUAGGCACAUCAAAUCAAAUGCCACUGCAACUUGCUUCACAAACAGCUUCACAAGAUAGACAUCUUGAUGCUCCAUUUAAAUGUGCUGAAGAGAAUUCAGUACCAAGAAGCCUGGUUAAUAAAGUGGAAGUUGAAGAACCUUUUGAUGUCCCCCACGAAGAUGAAAGUGAGGAACUUAUAGAAGAUUAUCAAGAUGAAGUUGCUGAGGCGAAACUCAAAUUAUUACUAAGGUUAUGGAAAAGACGUACAUCAAGGAAGAGAGAGUUGAGAGAACAAAGGCAAUCUGCUGCACAUACAGCAUUGGAUUCAUUACCAUUGGGUCCACCAGUUCAAUUGAAAAGAGAUCCAUCCAGUGUAUCUGGUGUGUUUGACAUUGAUCUUGCUUUGAAGGAAAGAUAUAACAAGUAUAAAGAAUCAUGGUCAAGACUUAAUGUUUCAGAAGAAAUAGCUGCUAUAUUAACCAGAAGAAAUCCUGAUGCCAAAUGCAUCUGUUGGAAAAUUAUUGUGUGUUCUCCAAAGAAUAAUCCAGAAGCUGAAGUCAGAAAAGGGAGCCAAACUGCCUAUUCUUCAGCUAGUCCAUGGUUGAUCUCGAAACUCAUUCCUUCUAGAAUAGAUGAUGAUGAUGAUUUGUUGGUUUCAUGUCCUGGAUUGUCAAUUUGGAAGAAGUGGGUUUCUGGUGAAUCACGUACGGAUCUGACUUGCUGCUUGUCUGUAGUGAAGGAUUCAAAUUCUAAUGAUCUGAUUGAGACUGUUUCUGGUGCAAGUGCUGUUUUGUUCCCUGUAUGUGAUAGCAUCUCUUGGCAUCUUCAAAAAGCUCAGCUUCAUAAACUUAUAACUUCGAUACCUUCAGGUUCUUGUUUGCCCCUACUAAUUUUAAGUAACUCAUCAUGCAAGGAUGAAGUCUCAGAUCUUACCUCCAUAAUAAUAAAUGAGUUGGGCCUCCUCAACAUUGACAAAUCACGAAUAAGCAGCUUUCUCGUUGUUUCCCUUAUUGAAAAUGAGCAAAUGGAAUGUUUAGAUGGAUUUCUCAGUGAUAACCAAUUAAGGAAAGGACUACAGUGGCUGGCAAGUGAAUCACCUCCACAAGUUGUUCUUCACUGUAUCAAAACCCGUGAACUUGUUCUUGCUCACCUGAUUCCUUCCUUGGAAGCACUAGACAGGAUCAGUGAUCGUGAAGUAAAUCCUAAUAGCUUUGUCAUAGCCUUCAAUGAAGCAUUGGAUAAGUCAAUUGUGGACAUUGAAACUGCCGUGAAAGCAAAUCAUACCAGCUGGCCUUCCCCUGAGAUUGCUUUACUGGAAGAGUACAGUUAUGAGCGUAAAUAUGUGGAGGAAUGUGCUCCUGAAAUUGGGUGGAGCUCAAUGGAGAGAAUUGAACCACUGAUAUCUGCAUUACUUAAUUGCAAACUUCCUCUUUUCCAUGACGACCUGUCUUACUUGGCUAAAGGUACAAAUACAGACAGGGAGAUUAAGAUCCAGAAAGAAGAAUUUGGAAAGAGCCUUAUUAGAUACCUUUCAGAAUCGGGUAUUGGGCUGGCUAUAAAUGAGGCUAGCAUAAUGCUGCAAAGUUCUCUGCUUGAGUUGCAUGGCUCAUGCUACCGAAUUGUUCCAGAUUGGGUUAUGAUCUUCAAGCGGAUAUUCAAUUGGCGGUUAAUGGGUAUUUCCAAUGGUGCAUUUUCUUUGGCUUAUGUUCUGGAUCAUCCUGAUAUCUUUCCAGCUUUUGGUGAUCUAGACGAGCUGGUGCUUGAAGGCAGUAGACUUUCAUCGUAUUAUGUAAAUCGGCCAUCUCUGGAUGAAAUGAUCGAAGUUAGUUGCGUUCCCCUUCCUUUCAUCAGCAAGGGACAGCUAGUGGGAGCUAAUCAACCUCCUACUCAGAUUAAUGCUUAUAGUGAAGUUCAAGAACCUGUCGACAUAAGUGAUUUCAUGGAGGGUAAUUCAGGUUUUGAUCAGGAUCAUAGACUGGUUGUUGCAGAUAGUAACGUUAGAGAAGCACGGGAGACUGACAAAGUGAAUGUAGAAGCUGAAAAUUUGAGUAAGUUGCUAGAGAAAUGUAACAUACUACAAAACAUGAUAGAUGAUAAGCUAUCUGUAUAUUUUUAAUUUUUUUGUAAAAUUUUGUAUUUUUAUCGUGGACGUAUGAAUUACUCGAGUUAUGUCCAAUUUUUAAAGGGCAAUAAUCAAUAGCAAAAAGCAGAAUUUUGGUCCAA